AUGGCGUUAUUGGACAUAACGUUUACACUCGUCCCGAAAUACUUCGAUUUUUUUCGAGCUCGAUCUCACCACGGCUCGUCAUCAAACAGCGAUGAUUACGUUGAUCCUUUAGAAGCUGAGUUGGAUCUAAUACCACCAACUACUGCACCUCCUCCGCACUGUAAAUUUGGUCGAUUAAUGUCAGAUCCAUUCAAACCGUCGUCUGGUUGUACUCAGAAAACUAAAAUUGUUGUCUUUGAAGACGACGAUAUUUUUGAAGACAGCGAUUCGAUGGUUCACCUUGCAUACAGGCCUGGGCCUAUUGGACGUCGAAAAUGUUCAAGACAUAUAAGCGUUUGCGUCGGAGAAGUGCAAAAUGGUAUUUCACUUCCAAGUGCCGCUCGUAGUUUAUCGGGAAACGAUCAUCUGAAACAGUUGUUUGUGGAUACUCGAUUAGCCAAUCAGACGGCUAUAAAUGAGAUACCGAAUGAAGCGACCACCUCGGUAAAUUUUAAGCAUCUCAUUGGGGGAUCUGCAGUAUCUUAA